AUGAGCACCCCUACCAGCACCGCCUCUCACGUCCCAACCGGCAGCACCUACCAAGGCGCCCCACCCUUCGAUGGCAGCAGCAAUCCGCAGCAAGACCUUGGCCAAAAUCCCACCGCCCAUAUCGUCACGGGAACCGAGAUCGGCAUCAUCGUCAGCGUCGUCUUCAUCGUCCUUCUCUCAGUCCUGGGCCUUUUCAUCUGGCGUGCUCGCCGAAACCGCGCUGCUGCAGGUAGAGGGGCAAGGUCGGCACAUGAGCGGAUGGAGACGGGUGCUUCGACCACUUCGUUUUCGGGGCACUCGCGGUCGGCGACUACGAUCACUACUGUUACUGCAGGAGAGGAUGUGAAUGGAGGACGUUGGGCUGAGCAGCGGCUGCCCGUCCCGCCUCCUAAGGAUGAGAGGAGGAGUGUUAACUCUAGUGAGACCGAGGUUGGGCUUGGGUACUCAACCAGACGGGAUGAGGAUAGUACGUCGUCGGCGGAUGGAGAUGGGCAGGAGCGCUCGGUUCCGGCUUCGUGGGGAUGGAGUGCGGGUCGUUCGGGGCGAGAUAGUGUUGAGGAGCACGAGAUAGUUUGCCGUGUUUGA